GGACGCUGGUGGAGCUAUCUCCAGGUGUUCCUCUCAGAGCUGGAAACUGCGUGGAGGAGCAGCAGUGCGGCGCAGGGAGGAUUCAGUCCUGAACCUCAGCACACAGUUCGGUUCGGUUCGGUUCGGUUCUCUCUUCAGUCCGUGUCGGUGUGUGUGAGAGAGAGCGAGAGAGAGAGAGGCCUGAGGAGAGAUUCCGCGUCGGUGAAGGAGGAGGAGACGCCGAGGAGAGAGCGCUAAAGCCGGCUGAUGAUUUCAGGGAGCGGCGCUGAGGCCCAGCAGGCGGAGCAGGAGGUCCAGUCCGGUUCAGAGUGCAGAGGAAGCGGGGAGAGGGAGGAGGAGAGCAUGGUGACCGCAAAGGGAACCGGUCUGAAUCCUAACGCUAAAGUGUGGCAGGAAGCGUCAGCUCCUCUCUCCCACAACGCAGAGGAGGCCACGGGAGCUCCUGAUUGGCUGCAGGAAGACCAUGCCCCCUCCCAAAAUCUGGAUGGAGGUAAAGGGUACAGUGCUGAGUGUGGAGACUCCACCCCUUCUGGAGACCCCGCCCCUCCAGUAGACGCUGCUCUCCUGAAUGGCUUUGACCUGACUGAACUGGAGUACUCCCCGUACGGACCGGUGGAGGAAGAGAUGUCUGAGGAGAGUCUGAAGGAGUCCCUUAAGAAACAGUUGGAGUUCUGCUUCUCCAGAGAGAACCUGUCGAAGGACCUGUACCUGAUCUCUCAGAUGGACAGUGAUCAGUUCAUUCCCAUCUGGACCAUCGCAAACAUGGAGGGUGUAAAGCUCCUGACCUCUGACCUUGACCUGAUCGUGGAGGUGCUGAAAGCGUCUCCCCUGGUCCAUGUGGACGAGAAAGGUGAGAAGGUUCGGCCCAAUCACAAGCGCUGCAUCAUCAUCCUCCGAGAAGUUCCUGAGAGCACACCUGUGGAGGAGGUUGCGGCUCUGUUUAAAAGUGAGAAGUGUCCUCAGGUCAUUAGUGUUGAAUUUGCUCACAAUAACAACUGGUACAUCACCUUCCAGUCUGAUACUGACGCUCAGCAGGCGUAUAGAUAUUUACGUGAGGAAGUGAAAACGUUUCAGGAGAAACCCAUCAUGGCUCGCAUUAAGGCCAUAAACACCUUCUUUGCUAAGAACGUCUUCGGCGCGGUGGACUCGGCCGUGUACGCGGGAGCUGCUCAGUCUCAGUACUCGUCUCCGCUCUACCUGCAGCAGGUGUUCCAGCCUCAGCAGUAUCCGCUCUACAGCCUCCUCCCUCCCUCCUGGAGCCCGUCGCCUGCGCCUUACUUCGAAACACCGCUGGCUCCGUUUCCCAACGGAAGCUUUAACGGUUUCAGCGGAGCAGGAAGCUACAAGAGCGGCUCGUCUCCCCUCAGCAUCGCCCGGCACUUCCCCCGCAACCGGAGCCAGGUGAAGCCGCUGUCCCGAGCCGACGGGCCUCACGCGGACGGAUUCUCGGGUCUAAGCGGUACACAGAACCCCCGGUCCCCAGGCCCAGGACCCACUUCUGACUCAGUCACUUCCUCUGACUCUCCACUGUCUCCCAGUGAGAACGGACUCAACGACCCGGGCAGCAACAGGGCCAGGAGAGGAAGUUACCGUGGCCUGAGGCGAAGGAGGGAAGACGAGCGAACGAGGCCCCUCCCAUCAGCCGAGGUCAAAAGCCCGCCUCCCAAGUUUGACCUGGCGACCUCCAACUUUCCUCCUCUUCCAGGGGGCGUGGUCACGUUGACGGAGAGUGUUCUGGAGAAUCGCAUGGCUGAUGUAGUGAAAGGCCUGAACAGAGACAAGUUGGACAGCAGUAAACAGGAAGUGAAUAAAGAUUCUCGGGCUGCUCAGGAGGAAGUGCCAGGUCCUGUUCCUGCCACGCCCACAUCUACACCCACACCCACAUCUACACCCACGCCCACACUGCAGGACACGCCCAACUCCAGUGUUUCAGUUCAGGUGAAGAUCCCAGACGAGUGUCGGACCCCGACAGACACCAUACCGGUCCUCAGUCCUGCUCCAAUCAUCAGCACUGCUUCUCAGCCUGACUCCACCCCUAAACCCACACACUCCGCCCCCUUCAGCACACUUGUACAGGAGCCUCGGAAACUGAGCUACGCAGAAGUGUGUCAGAAACCCCGCAAAGACCCUCCACCUGCACCCUGUCCGAGCCCCACCCCCGACCCCGCCCAGUCUCCGCCCGUGGUCAGCCAGCCACUCCGGGAGCUCGGAGUGAACAAAGCGGAUCCGGAGGCGAGUCAUCCUGCCGAGAAGCCGUGUGAAGGAAGACCGCCGCGUGAGCAGUACCGACGCGGCAGUGUUAGCAAGGGGGCGGGGUUCAAGCUCAGAGAGCAGCAAAGACGGCCCCCUCAGGGACGACGCUCCUCCCCUCACACCGGAUACAACAACAGACGCAGCGGGAAAGAACAGAACAUCCCGCCGAGAUCGCCGAAGUGACUGUGUGCGGGACGUUUCUGCGCUUUACAUCAACAUCGUGUAUAAAUAUUUAAUGUAAAGAGUUUAUAAAUUCUAUAGAAUCUAUUAAAGUAUAAAAAUAUAAAACUGCACUACUUCUGGGACGAACAGGCGGCCGACACGCCACGGCACGCACCGCUUACAUACAAAAAAAAAAAAAGGGAAGAUGAAGUUGGGACGUGACCCUCAGGAUCUGUAAAGGCGUGUGUGGUUAAAAAGAAACACGUGGAUGGGGAAAUGUUUCUCGCCGCAUCUCGGUUUUCCUCCCGUAACAAGACACUAAGCUUUAAUGUGUUUCUUUUUAACGUACUCUUCAUUCAGAAGAAAACAGAAAAACAUCGAGGUGCCGACAUUUACGCUGUAUAAACGUAGCACUUACGAUUGGUUGCUAUGGCGAUGGGUGGGGUGGGGUGGGGUGGGGGCCCCUGGAAAACCACCGCGAAUGCAGUUCACCAAAGGGGAAAGGACACGACACACUCCAGUGUGCUUCUGUUGGGACUUUCACUUUGUAGCUUUAACCAAGUGAACUUUGACCUGUGAAAUCAUGAGCCAAUAGGAAACAAGGAGGCGGGGACUAUAUUGUUUAGUUCAUUUGAGACAAAUAUACGUCUCCGCUGUUUAUUUUUGAGUAUAUAAGUAGCGUCACACCGAACUUCAGCCUCACAGAAGUUUUGUUACGGUUUCGUGACUCACGUUAACGUCACGUCCACCGAAAUACAUUUGUUUGUUUGUUUGUUUGUUUGUUUGUUUGUUUGUUUUUUGUUUUUCUUUCUCCUGCUAAGAUUUUCUUGCUAGCUAUGUUAGUAACGUUGAACGGGGAUGUAAAGAUGAUGCACACUCCCCUGUGUGAGAAGUUAAGAUGUUUGGAUGCUUGGUCUUUCAGGAAUCAUGUGAGAUUCAUUUUCAUCUCAUGGUUUAAAAAAAAAAGUUCCUGCGGUUUUAGAGAAACGUUGCUAACGAGAGUGAGCGCAGAAGAGGAGGAGUUAGGAAUUCGCUGGAGGAUGUUUCUCAGGAUGAAGGGAGGAAGUCGGUGUGACGUGACCUCAGAAUAAAAAGCAGAGCACUCGGAGAACAGAGAGGAGAAGCGUAACGUAGCGGGUUUUACGGCCGCUGCGUCGUCCUGUGCCAGUUACGCAACCUCAGCAGCUCAUCGCAUUAUAUGCUAAUAAGUGUAAAGCUUAGGGGCGGGGCCAUCUAUCGGAAAUAUAUCACAAUAUUUACAGUCGUGUUUUGAAACCACUUUGACGAUUCUUUUAUUUAACGUUUAAAUUAAUCAAACGCUGACAGUUUAUCACAGUAUCAAUGUUGUAUCAUGUCCCGCGCUACUGCUGUCUCCUGUGGGCGUGGUCUGUCCAGCAUUGUGGGGUUUGUUUUUAAGUUUUGUUCAGAAGUAACAGUCGCUUCUGAAGCUGUUUUAGUCAAACAGAUUAAAUCCGUUGUCUGAUUUUGUAAAAAUAUAUAUAUUAAUAUUAAUGUCCACAUAUACGCAGAUGUAGCGGUGCGCAUAAUUAAUUACCCUGAUGUAAUAACUGCGACCGGCACACAAUUGCGUAAUGUUGCUCGUCUUCCUGCUCUCAUGUCUUUAUUAUACUUUAUGGUAUAAAUGAAAUCCAUCCUCUGCUGUACAAUAAUAAUAAUAAUGUGAUGGAAAUUUUAAUGUGUGUGUGUGUGUGUGUUUAAUGUAUACAAAGUGUGUAUAAUACCUAUAGAAGGUGUGUGUUGGAUUUACGGGAAAAUCGUUCGCGUGAACAUCAUGUGGAUUUCUGAAUCAUUUUGGUUAUGAUUCUGACUCUGAGUCAAUUCAUCUGUUCAUUUAAAUGUUAAUGGUUCAUCGAAUGAAUUCAUGAAUCGUUUUGAUUGUGAUUCAGAGUUGAACUGUGUUAAUUAUAUUUCCUCUAAUGUUAACAGUUUGUGUUUAAGCGCGUGUGUGUGUGUGUGUGUGUGUGUGUGUUGAGCGUCCUGACUUUAUAAACGGACAUGAUCUUUAUAUUCUCAUGGUGUGAAACGUAAACGGCACAAAAUCCAGACCAAAGUCCAAUCAGCAGAGAGACAAUCUCAGGAAAUGCUGUUUAACUGCAGUGAUUCCCCAUAACCCUACGACUUCUGACCUCUGACCCUCAUUAAGCGCUUGAUGUUGAACUGUUGCGUCUGAUUGGUUGCUGAUGAAAUCUGAAUUUUGUGUGUGUUUGUGGCUUGUGAAUGUUUCUAAAACUUUCUGAAGGGGAUUAAACUCGUCCCAACUCGUGUUUUCCCCCUCUGUUGUUUUUAUUUAGUGUUUGUAUUUAUUUGCAUUAGCUCCUGUAUCAGUGUGUUUGUGGGUUUUUUUUUUUCUUUUCUUCAUCCCAGUGAUAGAUAAUGUAGACAUUGUACCACUAAAUAAGGGAGUUUUUAAUUAUUAUUAUUAUUAUUAUUAUUAUUAUUAUUAAUGAAUUAAUUUGGACUGAUAAGCAGUUUGUGGUGUAAAUCUAAACCCGUUCAUUUGUUUCAGGUAUUUUAGCAUUGUAUGAGGGUUUUUUCUCUCUAGAGGUUUCUAGUAACAGGAUUGCUAGAAUUUAUUUCUUUUGUUUUACACUUGUUUUUUUCGUCCUCUCACUUUUUUUUUUCUUUUCUUUUCUUUUUUUUUUUUUUUU